UUUGUCGGUUCAGUUAUUAGAACAACUUGGACUCGCGCAGACGGCAGGAUUAAAAUGCAUCUACAAAUCGAACUGUUUAGUGGUGAACUGUUGGACCUGAUGCGAAAGGUGUACGAGAAUCCGAAUAUUGGCGAAAUGGUAAAAUUUGAUGGCGUAACAAUGCCAGAGCAAUAUGAAAAGUUGGCGGACGCCGUUGAGAACUUCCAAGUUCGCGACGACGAUAUCUGGGUCUGCAGCUUCCCGAAGACCGGCACAACUUGGACGCAGGAAAUGGUUUGGUGCAUCGCGAAUAAUUUGGAUUACGGACAAGGAAGAGUUCCUCUGACGGACAGGUUUCCUCAGUUGGAAGUUUCGAUGCAUUCUGACUUCCCUGAAAUAGUGGCGUCCAAUCCUGACAUCCAGAUACCUGAAGCAGUCGUCGACAGUAUCAAGUAUAUAGCUAAUUUACCCAGCCCUCGAUUCAUUAAGACUCAUUUACCGUUCCAUCUCCUUCCGCGACAGCUCAGAACCGGGGUGAAGAAGCCAAAAAUUGUUUACGUUGUUCGCAACGCCAAGGACACUUGCAUCUCUUUCUAUCAUUACCUUAGAACCUUGGAAGAUCUGCAAGGGAGCUUCGAGGACUGGUGUAAUCUCUUUCUUCAAGACGCUGUUAUGUAUGGACCAUUCUGGAAACACGUGCUUGGUUACUGGGAGAAGAGAACCGAAGGGAAUCUGCUCUUCUUGAAGUACGAGGACAUGAAACAAGAUUUACCGGGUGUAAUAAAGAAGACUGCGACAUUCCUCGGGAAGAAUUUUACCACGGAUCAGUUGUUAUCCCUGACCGAGCACUUGAGUUUUGAGAACAUGAGAGCAAAUCCAGCUACAAACAACGAAGAUCUCAUUCGUAGAAUUAAGAAAGUGACACGAUCGACAGUCGACGGAAAAUUCAUGAGGUGUGGUGAGAUGAACCAAUGGAAAUUCGAGAUGAGUCCGGAUAUCAUCGAACGAUUCGAUCGGUGGACGCGAGAAAAUUUGAAGGGAACAGGCCUGUACUUUUGAGGGGAUGUUAGGUACGUCACAUUAGCUUCACAUCGUACUUAAAAUACGAUUGGUGUGAAUGUACGACACGUUAUACAGCAUGUAAAAAAAUAAAAUUUCAGGGAAUUUUGAUGAAUGUGUAAGAUAUCGCAACAUCAGUUGUCUAUUCUAAAUAUAAGGUAGAUCAAAUAUUUCGUUAAUUUUU